UACAAGCUGAACAACAACAACAGCCGCCGUGUGGUAGCUAAGACAGAUCAAACUAAACGCGAGAGCCGCAAUCACGUUAAUUAAUGGCCAAGCAAAAUUGAAAAAGGAGAAAUAAACAAGAACGGCAAGCGAGAUGAACUUUCCGCUAGCUAAUUCCAAUAAAGAUACGUUGCGAGCGGCAUGCAAGAAGUGCGGCUACGCGGGUCACCUGACCUACCAAUGCCGCAAUUUUCUCAAGGUUGAUCCCAACAAGGAGAUACUGCUCGAUGUGGAAAGCACCAGCUCUGACUCGGAGCUCGAUUAUUUAACGCCGUUGACCGAGCUGCGGGCCCAGGAGCUGAAAGCCGAGGGCGAUAUUGAACCAGUUGCAGCAGAGGCAACCAAGCCAGAUAAGAAAAACAGCAGUAGCAGCGGCGGCAACAAACACACCAGCAGUAGCAAACGCAGCAGCAGCAGCAAAACAGUCGCAUCGAAACACUCGAAAGCGGAACGGCACAAGAAACGCAAGAGAAAGAGCAAGAAGCACAAGGAGUCAAAGAUUAAAGCUAACAGUAAAUCAUCAGAUGUGUCUAAAAAGCAGAAGAAGCAACGCACCAGCAAAAAAUCGAAGCGUCGUCGGGCUGCCAGCACCAGCAGCAGCAACUCAUCCAGCACCUCAUCAACCUCAUCGUCGGACAGCGAAUCGACAAGCGAUUCAUCUAGCGACACGGAAUCGGAUUCCAGCGACAACGAAGAGUCCAGCACCAGCGAAUCGGACGAGUAUGGGCGUAAAAAGAAACGCCAAGGCAAAUACAAACGGAAAGCUGAGACAACAGCGCUGCGUCGCAAAAAAUCCAAGUCCAAGCGCAAGAGGCAUCGCACUAGCGCCAAUGCCGGAGCCGGCACUGGCGGCGCUGGCAGUGCAGCAGGCGCCAGCAGUUACCUCAGCAGUCUAAGCGAUAGCAGCACCUACUAGCUAGCAAUGACUACCCAAAGCACUUGCAAUGGCAUUUAGUUAAAAAGGCUAAACAAAUGAAACGAAGCGAGAAAUGAGAAUUGAGAAAUGAGAAAUUAGAGCAACUUAGGCUAGAGUUAUUAGUACCAUAUUGCAUGGAUGAAUCUGUGAAGCCAAUUUAGUUAUCCUGCGCUUCCUCAACCAAAAGCAGACCUUCCAAUCCACACGCCCACUCACACAGACACACAUAUACCUACAUCCUCUCACACACAUAGACACAGACAGGCAUGGAGACACAUUUGAACUCGUGUUAGUUUUUAGUUGACAAUCCUCUCCUGAAUGAAAGUCAUUUAUGAUUUGCAAAUAUAACAAAUUAGUUUGUACAAAUUUGUUCAAUAAUACAUCAAUUUAUAUACAUACAUA